AUGUUGGAUGGCGAGAUUCACCUCACUAAAGUUCUUUACUUCACCUGUCUAGCUGUUGCAGAUGGCUUAGAUGAAGAUGGAGAACAGAUUUUUCAUUGGCAGGCCAUGGCACUUGUCAUGAUGUAUUCCUAUCCAGAUCAUGACCUUCUUGAGCUCUCCUUUCAUGCUGUAAAUGUGAAAUCCAUUACUGAUGUCAUUGGCAUGGUGCCCCACCAACCCAAUCUACCAUCUGGGGUGACUGAGGACAGAUAUUUUUUAGUUGAGAAGCCGGGACUCAAUAUUGCAACAUUCGGGGUGGCUUACAAGGGUGCUGGUGAAGAUGACGAGGCUCAAGACAAUGAAUAUUAG